AUGGCAAAUGGGGCAGACGUUGUGAUUGUGACAGGGGCAUACACGGUUGAGAGCCAGCGCGGCUGGACCGUGCCCGUGGAUUUCACGCUUCAAGCCGGGGCGCCCUUCUUGAAGAAGGCAGAGAAGAUUCGCCGCGCGAUCACAAAGCUGAACGACGGCAAUUUCGCAAAGGCCGUCGGCCGAGUCCGCAGCAUGCUCUCGCAUGGAGACAAAGCAAGCUUCUCGCGGGACUGGAACUCUAUCGGAGGGGCGCUGAGCUUCCUGCAACGUCAGCUGGAGCUUGUGCACUUCUUGGAAUCUUCUGAGCAAGGAGCCUACAGGCAGCGGCUUUGCCUGCCUGAGAACAUCCCACAGGAGGUGUGCGAGCAGGCAGUGAAGGAAGAGCUGCAGCAGAGAGCGCAGGAGCUACUGUGGCGUUUCCGCAAGCGGGUCAACCUCACAGUAGCAGAAGCUAUUGAAGCCAAAUGCUGCCCUACGCGGCAUUCUGGCACGGCCACCGCAGCUUCUACAGCAGCUCAAGCGGCCGCACCACUCCUGGCUACACCCCAGGUGGCAGAGGAAGCGCAGGAGGAAGGCAAGGGUACCAAGCGCAAAGCAUGCUUCCUGGAGAAAGGCACCGAGGUGAAAGCGAAGUCUGUUGAUGGUUCGUGGUACAUGGCCUGUGUGUUGCGUGUGAGGAGCACAGAGGAGGACGAUGAAUGGCUUCGUUUGUCAGAGCUCGGUGGCAAGGCCAUCAGACAGCUGAAGCGAGAGAUCGGAUGCACGCGCGCCGCAGCAGUGCUGCUGGACAAGGCUGCGCAGGUGACGCAGCCACUCCAGGAACUGGUGUCUCGCGAGAUUGGUGCCCGGUGCUUCAUGGUCUGUCGCAGCCUUGCGACAAGCACAGCAUGGCUUCUUGCAUACAUGCCGGGAAAAGUGAAGGGCACCCUGGCAAUCCAAAGGUUGUCAUUGAACCUGAAGCUUCUGAGCCUACAGCUGUUGGCAUCCGGCAAUUCGCAGGAGCCUUCUCGUGGCGGCAGCCUGCUGGUCCACCGAGGUCACGACUUGGCCCUAGAGCUCACAGAGCACUUCCUACGCAGAUCGGAAGAGUCUCAGAGUGACAUGAGCCAGCUCCCUCCCGACAAGCUGAGAUGGUGCACAGCCGGCGUCCCAACUGGGCAAAGCCGCAAGCAGAAGCCUCCGCGGCGAGCGGAGGACUUGAUCGGCGAGCAAGAAGUGGCUGGUUGGGUGGAAGAGAUCAAUUGGGAAGCCACUGUGGAGGAAGCCAUUUGGACGCUUCGCGACAAACCAGAGGACGACGCUGAUGAUGCAGUGCGCAUCCGGCUAGUCCAUAUCAACGAUGUGUACACGAUGGACAAUUUACCGCGCCUGCGAAAGUUCUUGGACGAACUCGGGCAGCAUUGGUUCUGGCGAGCGGGCAGCAGAGAUGUUGAAGUGGUGAAGGGGCCCGACGAUUGUGAAUCUAAGGACUGCUGCUCGGGUAUCCGACGAGAGAACCUCGUCGUUUGCGUUGGAGGCGACCUCCUCUCCCCGUACCCUCUGAGCACGCUGGACAAGGGAAUGCGGCAUGGCAUUCUUUUGCAGAAGGCUGACUUGGCAUGCUUCGGCAACCAUGAGGCAGAUAUCGAUCUCCCAUCCUUGAAGCAGCGGCUGCAGAGAUGGCGCGAGCGUGGAGGAGUGUGGAUCAAUACCAACAUGCCAGAAUUGCUGCAAGAGUUAGGCCUGCCCGAGUAUGCAAGCGUCGUGGGCUUGUCAAGGGAUGGCCAUAGCUCCAGACAGCUCUGCCUGCUUGGCGUUUGCACAAAGGAUCCAAGCCUCUACAUGGCCGGUGAGGACUUUGGCACUGCCAUAAGGUACGGCCCGGAUUGCAAUGAAUCUGUCAUGGAGAAGGCCAAAGAGCUGAUGGCAGUGCACAAGGACGACCCUGAUGCACAAAAGGUGGAUGCUGUAGUUGCGCUCACACACCAGGAUUUGGCACUGGAUGUCGAGCUUGCUGGAGGGGCUCGGUCGCUGGGUGUCCUUGCAGUUCUUGGCGGUCACGACCACACGGAGUACAUCGACCAGCACAAUGGCUGCGUCCUUCUGAAAACAGGAAUGGAUGCUCAACGUGUUGGCGUCAUUGAUCUGCUGUGGAAGAAGGAGAAGGACAGCACACCAACAAUUGAUUUUUUCGAGCUCAUUCCAUUGGCCAACUUUACUACCAGCAAGGCCGUCAGCAGGUCUGUCCAAAAGCACAUGAGGAAGCUCUGGAAUCUGGAAGAGAAAAAGGCCCGCGUUCACCUUGCCAUCUUUCCAGACAAGCCGGUCAUGUCAUCCAAGAGCAUCCGACAGAAACAGACCACACUGGGGUCGUUCUUGUGCAGCGCCCUCCGGGAUGAGAUGCAGGUUGAUUGCGUGCUAUUCGAUGGGGGCAAUAUCCGAGGAGAUCGAGACUACAUCCCGAACCCGGAGCACUACCUUGGCCAGCGCUGGAUCUUCACCCUCUCUGACUUGGAGCUAGAGCUUCCCUGGGAGUCUGGAAUGGUGGAGAUUGUGCUUGAUGGGGAGCAGAUCGCACGCGCGGUGCGUCUCUCCCGAACGCUGAAGCCAGGCUCUGGGGGCUUCCUGCAAACAGAUGAUGGUAUUUGGGUCAGCGAAGAUGACCAAGCAGAAGUCACGCACAUUGCCAACGAGCAGUGGAAGAAGGAACGCAAGUAUCGAGUGGGCUUAAUGCACAGCUCCCUUGUUGGCAUGAAUCACAAUCCAGUAUUCGAGGAAUGGCGCAAGCGGCAUACUAGCCAGAUCCCAAAGGAGGACUCUGGAAAGUUUGCAAAGGAGUUGCUGAAAAAGCAAUUGGCUCGUCGACUCUGGGAUCAGCUGCCAGAGUUCCACGAGAUGAACAUGUCGCGGACAGGGGCCCUUUCGAAAGAGAAAGUGAUGGAAGCCUACAAGAAAACAUUUCCGGAGGGUCCGGAGGCUGCAGUAGAACCGUCUGUGGACCAACUCAUGGUCGUCGCAGACUUUGGUGAAGCCGGCGAGCUCUCAGCGGCGAGUUAUGAGAGCAUAUUCAGGCUGCCGACUUGGGUGGCUUUGAACUACUUCACGAAGGAGCAGGUGGGAGGGCACCUGCAACAAAGGUCGCACCUGAGACGGUUGAACCUACCUCACGGUGCAGCAAACUCGUGUCCGCUGCAACAUGCCAGCUCACUUCCAAAUGCUUUUGGCACAUGA